GGGCGAGCUCUGCAUCCCAACGUGCUAAUCCCCCCGUGUCUGUGCAAACUCCCAGGUCACCUGACCCCCGAGGAAUCCUCCUCCCCGCUGCUCCUAAUCUCCUUCCCCGGCCGACCCCUGACCCGCGGCUUAUUUACACCAUAUACAGUAGGCGCGGGGCUGAAUGGAGCCAAACCCUCCCCCCACGGGGGGCUGUCGCCUGCCCCCCUCCCCGAUCGUGCCCACCGCGGCCCCAGAGCAGGGCUGCGGGCCCGGGGGAGGGGCAGUGCCCCGGCAUCCCCCUCGCCCCCCAUUGAUCCUGGGGCUACCCCAGAGCCGUGCAAGGCGGGGGGGGGGGGGGCAGGCCCUGUACCAACGGGAGCUCAGCCCCCCCGCACCCGGCUCUGGGCUGCCCGGCUCUCGAGGGGCGCCGGGGGGACGGGGGACCGGAGCAGGGGGCCUGGGAGAUGCGCAUGGCCUGGGAGACGCAGGAGUCAGAGUAGACGGCCCCAUAGUCCCCCCCCCACCCCCAGCCGAUGGGACCGGACACCACAGGGGAAAUCAAGGCAGGACUCCUGGGUCCCUGCCCUGCCCGUACCUGGGACAGCUUCAGCUUCCUGCCGGGCGAGGCCUGGAUCACCAGGGCGAUCAUGGCCAGAUCUGAAGACCCUCCAUGGCUGGAGUCAUACAGUGCAGAGAACUAUUGAUGUCAUUCUCCGACCACCUAAUAUGCAAAACCCAGAACUGCUGCUCUUUGGCACGUUUACUGCGUAGGAAGUUGUGCUGAAAGACACUGGACUCCUGAAGCUCCACUCUCCGGGCGUGCGUGCCCGAGGAUAGCGGGAAGCUCAGCCCAGCUUUCAAGUGUCACCGUGACUGACUGCAGGGAGGGAGGAGUUGCCAGCUAGUCCAGCAAGGCUGCCUGAGCACUUGCAGGGGCUGCCAGGAUGCAAUCCGAGGUUUAGAGAUCCAGCUCCUGUGCCGCUCUCCUUUCUGUCCACCCCGGGGAGGGGAAGUGCAAACAGACCGCUUCCUCUUGGAGGGCUUUCAAGCGGCUGUACGGGAAGCACGGUAACUUGCAGAGCACCAGGGGAUGUGGAGUGAGGGAUUCUCCCUCUGACAAUGCGGAUCCAUGUUCUCAAAGUUCACUGAGCACCUGGAAGUGGCAAAGACUGGAGAUCACAUGGAAGAAACGAAUGCAGAAGGGAUUUCUCCCUGCAACGGCUGUAACAGGAUUGUACAGUGCUGUGGAUACGGUGACACAGAGGGGUGUGUGGAUCUGCCUUUUCCUCCCAUUUCUUCUGCCUGAUAUUUGAUCUCGGUCCUUCGGGGGCUGCUGGUUUAUGGUGGCAAUGGGCACUAAAUAUUCACUGGUGUUUCUCUCUUCCGUUGGGCAGCUUUGAAUGAUCUCUGUGGGGAGGACACAGCAGCCAUAGACAGCUUUCUGGAACAACCUGUCGGUUCCCGGUACGGGGAGGAGCUGCUUGGAAUGAGGGCAGCUGCAGCUAAGGCAUCAGUACAUUUUCCCCUUGUUUGCCCCCCACGGCCCUUGCUUCAUGAACACAGGAGGCAAAAGGGAGGACGUUAGCCAAGGAAUCAGCCUCCGAGCAUGGACUUGGUGACAGACAAAAUAACUUUGUAAUAAUUCCCACCGUGAGUGUGCCUGAGAAUCCGUCCAGCCUUCCUCUGCACUAUGAAUUGCUGGGGUGUCAAGGCUCAAGUGGAGUGGCACCCCACUAACUUAAUACAGGACUGAACAGUCGUGCUGCUCUGGGGAGAGACACAGAUUUCCCAGCUUAACCCCCCAAGCCUUCUGUCUGCUCCCAAAGAGCAGUGUGGACAGAGAACUGACGGGCUAGCUCAGACCUUGGAGGUGGCUGUCUGGAUGGCUAUAUCUCCGCGGUCCUUAAUUUAAUUACCUACCUUUACCUUUGAAACCGCUGAGGCCGGGCCGAGAGAGCAUUUUACGGGUCUCUUUGGGCCUCCUCGGAAACGGUGCGUAGGUGAAAAGAGGCUGCAAAGAUCCUAAACCCAAUGAACGAAGAGUCUGUUGCUGCUGCUCUUUGUCCCUGCGUGGCUGUUUGCUGGGCUGAGGGGGUAGGAGCGGGAGCCUUUCUCACCGAUGGCACAGUGCACGGUACUUGGUCGCUGGUUUGCAUGCACCUUGGGGCUCCUGUGUCUGGAAUCGAGACCUCAGCGAGGAGCAGUCUGUGUUCCCUUCCCUGCAGCAGCCAUGGCGGAGCACCUGGAGCUGCUGGCUGAGAUGCCAGCAGUGGCCAGGAUGAGCACCCAGGAGCGGCUGAAGCAUGCACAGAAGCGCCGGACGCAGCAGCUGAAGAAAUGGGCACAGUUUGAAAAGGAGGCUCACGGCAAGAAGGCCAGAGCGGAAAAGAGGAAGAAAAACAGCAGCAAGGAGAAGCGAGUGCUGUUUCCGGAGAGCAUCAAGCUGCUGGAGGCAGCAUCUCGCAAUGAUGUGGAGGAAGUUCGCCAGUUCCUUCAGCGUGGCAUCAGCCCCAAUUUGUACAAUGAAGAUGGCCUCACUGCAUUGCACCAGUGCUGCAUCGACGACUUCGGGGACGUGGUCGCGCUGCUGCUGGAGGCCGGCGUGGAUGUCAAUGCCUGUGACAGUGAGCUCUGGACGCCGCUGCACGCCGCCGCCACCUGCGGGCACCUGCACCUGGUGGAGCUGCUGAUUAACCAUGGUGCCAAUCUCCUGGCAGUGAACACAGAUGGGAACAUGCCGUAUGACCUCUGCGAGGACGAGGUGACACUGGACUACAUUGAAACGGCCAUGGCAGAUCAGGGAAUAACUCAGGAGAAGAUUGAGGAGGCCCGAGCCGCCACGGAGCACAGCAUGGUGGAAGAUAUCCGAAAGCUGCUUCAGGCAGGUGCCGAUCUGAACACUCCACUUGACCAUAGUGCCACUCUGCUGCACAUUGCCUCAGCAAAUGGCUACCUGGAAGCUGCCGAGCUGCUGCUGGAACACAAGGCCAGCAUGAGCGCGAAGGACAAUGAUGGGUGGGAGCCUCUCCACGCCGCCGCCUGCUGGGGGCAGAUCCAUCUGGUGGAGCUGUUGGUGGCCCAUGGAGCUGAUCUCAAUGGGAAGUCUGUGCUGGACGAGACGCCCUUGGACGUGUGUGGUGACGAGGAGGUCCGGGCCAAGCUGCUGGAGCUGAAGCACAAGCAUGAUGCCAUCAUGAAGUCUCACGACAAGCACAAGUCGCUGCUGCAGCGACGCACGUCCAGCGCUGGCAGCCGAGGGAAGGUGGUGCGGCGGGUCAGCGUGACGGAGCGCACCAACCUCUAUCGCAAGGAGCACGAGAAAGAGGCCAUCGUCUGGCAGCAGGUGGAGCACCGGGAGAACGAGGCCGAGCUUGAGGACGAGGACAAGCAGACGGACGCUGAGCUCCAGCAGCACCUCCCCGGCGCUGAGGCAGAAGGGGCAGGUCCAGGGGCCUUGGUGGGAGACAAGCAUCAGAAUCCGGGGCUGACCCAGAGAAAUGGAACUGCGGGCUCCUCUGCCCCCGGCCCCCCCAAACACCUCUACUCCAAGAGGCUGGACCGCAGCAUCUCCUACCAGCUGGCCACCCAAGAGGAGCUGUCGGCUGACCUGUGCAAGGAGAAGUCCCACCACACGCUAGCGGACCUCAAACGCCAGCGGGCAGCCGCCAAGCUCCAGCGACACCACCCAGAGGACUUCCCUCCCACUGAGGGCGAGGGCCCCCUCUCGCCUGGCCUCGCUGAGACCCUGCGCGGCAGCGGUCACCCCCGCUCGGACUCGGAGCAGAAUUCCGUGUACUACACGGCAGCCAGUGGCGAUCCGCCUCUUCUGAAGCUGACGGCCCCGGCCGAGGAGACACCUGCUGAGAAGAAGCGAUGCUGUAAGCUGAUGUGAGGUGCUGGCAAGAGAAGAUGUUCGUGGGGCACGUCCCCUCCCUGGCAUUGAUGGAUGGCGCUAAUGUCCCAUGGGGCUGCCUCUGGAACCCUGCAGCAGGACGGGUUCUGGGAGGUGGUUUAUCUUCCAGGGGCUCCUCCAUCUUCCAGACCCAGACGCCAAUCAAAGAGGCCGGGCUCCAAGAGCCCAUUGAGGGCUGCAUGGGCAGCAGGCUGGGAGCCAGAGGGCUGCACAAAUGGGAGCAGAAUGCAAUGACCUUCGUUGUCAGUACAGAGAUGUGUCCUGGAGCAUCUACAGCUCCCAGCAUGCAAUUUGCCAGCCCCUGCUUGGGUCAGCCCAUAGAGCGUUGCAUGCUGGGACAUGUAGUCGCAGAGGGCUGCAUCUCUGUUGGACAUGGUGGCGCUGAAUGUUGCGUAAGACAUGCUGGGCCGCGUUUGGUCAGCUGGAGGGGCCCUCCCAGGGCGGCUUUUUGUCUGGGGUCUGUGUGUGGUUUCUAGGGAGGAGUGGAAAGCUUGUGGGAGCCCUCGGAGCACGCGGUACCAUGCAUACAGCACUGGGGGGCGAGGGGACGUCCCCAUGCCUGCCUGACCCUAAGGCAAAUGGCGGCAAUGAGGUGAGAACGGUUCUCUUGAUACAGAGUUGUAGCCCAGCAGUCCCCUCCUAGGCCUGGGCUGCACACAAGCUCUCCUGGGUUAACUAACGUGCAUUUCAGACACGCUGGAAAGCCGUGUCGGUCCCCGGGCACGCCCGUUCGUGGUGGUUUACACUGGCUUAUAUCCCACCUGCUGGCUUGGAGUCACUAAAGGCAGCGCCGGACUGCGCUCGGCCGUGCGCUGGGGCAGGGCCAUCGGCUGUCAUUCCCAUCUUUUCUUCCAGCAGGGUUAAGCUGACUCUGAAUUCAGCACGGCCCCACCCAGCCUUGCACCGAAACAGCCAAAGGUGCUGGCGGACGCUGAGUUCCCCACUUCGGUGCCAGUCUGAGUGUGGGUCCGCCACAUGGAUAGAAGCUCGUUGUAAACCAGGAUGUGUCCACGUUGCACUGUGGGUUCAACUACAUUAAUCUGAACUCCUGUGCCCUGUAUGGUGCGCCACGCCACGGUGCCGUGUGUCCUCCCCCCACCAGAGGGCGCCACGCCACGGUGCCGCGUGCCCUCCCCCCCACCAGAGGGCACCACGCCACGGUGCCGCGUGCCCUCCCCCCCACCAGAGGGCACCAUGCCACGGUGCCAUGUGUCCUCCCCCCACCAGAGGGCGCCACGCCACGGUGCCGCGUGCCCUCCCCCCACCAGAGGGCGCCACGCCACGGUGCCGCGUGCCCUCCCCCCACCAGAGGGCGCCACGCCACGGUGCCGCGUGCCCUCCCCCCCACCAGAGGGCGCCACGCCACGGUGCCCUGUGUCCUCCCCCCACCAGAGGGCACCACACCACAGUGCCCUGUGUCCUCCCCCCCCGGUGUGGGCUGUGUGCCUAGCCCCUUGUGAGCUCCUGACUUCAGCAAUAAAAUCAUUUCAGCAAAGCUCCUCACCCCAGGACCAAGCACAGCCCAUGGAUGGGUUUGUGCACCUGUUGUGCUGACAGCUCUCCCCAUGAAACGCGGCCUGCGAGCAGGACGGGGGAGCUGGUUUCUGGCCCCUCAGUCCAUCUGCCGGGGGCUGAUUAAUCUGUAAUGGUCUCUAGCCAUCCCAUGCCUGGGCCCUGCACAGCAUCCCCCUGCUCCCCAUUGCUUACGCGGGGCUCGAACAGGGCGUGCCAAUGGCACCCUUCUCAUCUCCCGUUCUCUGCAGAGAGGGUUGCCCACCGUGCGUCCACUCCCUGUGCAGGUGGGACACGGGGUUUUUUUAUCCUCCCGCUGCAUGAGGCUCCAAGGAGCCGUGUGUUGAGCCCUGCACCUCCACCCAAGGGCAGCAUUGGCAGCUUCUCAGGGGUCUGAGGGCUACCCCAGCUUCACGCCCUUGUUACCCUCAGGGGCCCGGUCCCAGUGUGCCAACUCCCAUGUGAGCUCAGCAAAGCCCCCCUGCGGAGGACGGCAUGCUGGAAUCUGGAGGGCUCUCCCUCUCUAUUAAUGACUGGGGCUGUGGCAGACUUCUGCUGAGCAUAGGCCUCAGGCUCCAUCUUCUCAGCCUGCCAGGUGUGGCUGAGGCACCAGGCUCUACGAGUAGAACUUCAGGAGGCAGGUGGAGUGGAAGUGGAAGAGCUUCAGCUAGAAACAUUCUCGCCUUUCAGCCGCUGCUCCCUGGGAUCCAGCCGGCUGGAGGGGGACGUCCCUCUGGUGGGUGGCUCUCGUGGUUUGAACAGCUCAUCCCCUAAAUGGGAUUGUCACCCACUCACUUAUUUCUCUCUGCGCCGUUGCAUCCAGCCGUGGCUGUUCAGGCCUCUUGUCCCUCUGUUCUUCACCACCCCUCAGGGCCUGAGAAGCAUCAGCCAGCCCCAUCUCACCAGCUGAAGAUCAGCCCUUGCACAGGUGCCGGAGCAGCAGAGCCCAGCUGGAUGCAAUGCUGCCCACUGGCUGGGGGAAAGCAGAUGACCUUCAACCCCCCCC